AUGACGGAGUGUGAAACCGUGGUUGGCGCAGCCUCGGGAUUCCGCUUGAUGCUCACGGGGCUGGAAGAAAAGAGCUGUGUGGGGCAGACGGUCUUCUGGCAAGCGGGGUAUAUGUUGCAACCAGCGCAACCUAUGGAGCGUGAGAAAUUCAUCAGUCGUGGAGCAAGUGUCGUGCAGCCCCCUCCAUCGGAAAACUAG